AUGUCUACGACAUAUGUCGAUUUUGUCAAUGCUACAUUGAACAACAAUCUAACAAUAAUAGCAUCAUUACCAACAACAAUAACAUCAACAAUGCCUGUUUGGAUACGUAUAUUAAUUUUAGUAUGUAUGGUAUUAAUCGAUAUAAGUGUAUUUUUGGGUAAUUUACUUGUUAUAUGUGCUUUUUUUCGCACACGUCGUUUACAAACAGUGACAAAUUAUUUUAUAGCAUCAUUAGCAUUUGCUGAUGCCUUAGUUGCAAUGUUUGUUCUUCCAUUCAGUAUUUAUUAUUAUCAACGUGAUCGUUCAUGGAAACUUGGGUUAAUUUUAUGUGAUUUAUGGGUAUCAUCUGAUGUACUUUUAUGUACUUCUAGUAUACUUAAUUUAACUUGUAUAUCUGUUGAUCGUUAUAUGGCUAUAACAAGACCAUUAACAUAUACAGCAUAUAGAUCGAAAUUUCUUGCUCGUGUUAUGAUUUUACUUGUGUGGAUAGUUUCAGUUGUUAUUACAUGUCCACCUAUAUUUGGUUGGCGUGAUUCAAAUAGACAACAUACAGUCGAACAUGAACAUAGAUGUGAAUUAAAUACAGCACGAGGUUAUGUUGUCUAUUCAGCACUUGGUUCGUUUUAUAUUCCAGCUGUUAUUAUGGUAUUUGUAUAUAUACGUAUAUUUAUGGUUGUAUAUGAUCGUGAAAAUUUAAUUCAUAAAUUUCAUGAUAAUAAAAAUAAUACAUCUAUACAAUUACCUUCAAAAAUAAAUCAAAAUGGUUUGAUAAAUAUUAAAAAUUCUUCCGAUGGUACAAAUGAUACUAAUAAAGAUCUAACAUGUAUAACUAAGAAACCUUUUUGUUGUUGUUUGUGUUUUCGAAAAAACUCUCGGAAAAAUAAUUCAAUUAUAACUCAUCAAACAUCAUUAUCACCAUUUAAUAAUAAUUGUUUAAGUACGGAACGGAAACAAAAUGGUUACCUUAUUUAUCGUUUUACAAAUAAUAAUAAUAAUAAUAAACACCGUAGCGGUUCAUAUUCAACACCAAAUACUCCACCAUUAACAUCAAAAGCAACAGCAACAGCAGCAACAACAACAACAACAACAAAAAUAUUUUGUCGUCCAUGUACACUAUCAACAAGAAAAUUAACACGUUUGUCUGAAGAAACUUAUCAUUAUCGACGUAAUUAUUUAUCGCAUAUUGGCGCUGCAUAUCAGUUUCGUUCAUGCGAUUCACCAUGUUAUGAAUUAAAAACAUUUCAAAAUUCAUUACCAUCAUUAAUUAAAUGUCGAUCACAUUCAUUUGAACGAUCAUCAACAAGUAAUCAAUGUGAUUUCAAUACAGAACUAAAUCAAAAUCAACAAUUAAAAACUUCAACUAUACAUAGUUCAACAUAUUUUAAAGAAAAAAAACAAAAUGAAAUCGAUAGUAUAUUAUUGUCUAACAAAGAUAAUAAUAUAUCUCUAAUUGGACAUUCACAUAAAAUAGCUCGAUCAUUAAACGAAUUAACAAAUGAUAUAACACAAUUAUCAUUGAAUGAACAAACCAAAACAUACGGAUUAAAUUAUCCAAAUAAUUUAACAAAAUCUUCAUCGUACAUCGGACAACGUUUAAUGCAUAAUCCAACAGAUCCUAAUGUUCAUGAACAUAAAUCUAUACCUGAACAAACUCGUAUAAAUCGACGAACGAAACCUUCACGUUUAACAAACCUACCACCGUCUGCAAUAUUAGUUAAAAAUUUUAAACAACAAUAUAAACUUACAAAAAAUACUAAUACUAACACUAAUAAUAAUUCAUCAAUUAAAUCUAACCAAUCAAUACCAUCAAUACGUCGUACAAAUGAAAAUGAUAUGAAUAAUUCAAAUCAUUCUUGUUGUUACUGUUAUUCCUGUUUAAAACCAUUAAACAAUUUUUAUGAAAAUAAGAAAACAAAAAUUUAUAAUUCUACACCAAAACAAUCAUUAACAAAUGAUGAUGAUGAUGAAGAUGACAAAUUAUCUUCCAAUGAUACAAAUCAUCGUGCAACAAUGAUGAUGACAUCAAAUACAAGUUUACGUGCUAUGGAAAAUUCAAAUCAUAGUAAUUUAUUAUCAUCAUGUCAUCAUCAUCAAUCUACUAGUGGAAGUACACAGAAUCCAUCACAUGAUGUCAAUCGUCGUGAACGUAUUCGUUUUAUGAAAGAACAAAAAACAGCUAAAACCUUAGCUGUUGUUGUUGGUGGUUUUAUUCUUUUUUGGUUACCAUUUUUUAUUAUGUAUGUUAUACCACCAGAAACAUAUUCAUUUAAUGUUCAGACAGUUACAUUAAUAACAUGGCUUGGAUAUUUUAAUUCUGUUAUUAAUCCAUUUAUUUAUGCCUAUUGUUCAAAACAAUUUCGUAUGGCUUUUUGGAAUAUAACAUUUGGUAUGUGUAUUGAAAGAUCCAAUGGUUUAUCACCAAUAUCAGUGAAAAAUAAACAAUUACGUCGACAUUAUACGAAUGGAUGA